AUGGCACCACCACCCGCCGAACCUCCGAAAGCCAUCACUCUAAACAUCAAAGUGCCGCCAGGACAUCUCGCUGAUGGCAUCGACGACUUCUCACUGGGCGAUGAAGUGCCCGUCAGCCAAACCAUCGGGCAGAUCAGACAGCGUUUAUCACAAUCGCUGCCAUCGACUCCCGCUCCGGAAAGGCUUAGAAUACUGUAUGGAGGACGAGCGUUGGUCGAUGACGAGCAAACGCUGGCCGAUGCGCUGAACGUGAGGAGGGCCCCGGAACAAGUCAAGUACUAUGUGCAUCUGCUGGUCAAGGGCGAAGGCGCCGCCAAUGCCCCAAUACCGCAUGCUUCCUCCCAAAGGAGAGGCGUAGGCACACCUGUUAGAUCCGCGAGUCCGGCACAAGCACAACAGGCCCAAAGCCAGGCAGCACCACCACAGCAGCAGCAGCAGCCUGCGCAGAACAUACUGCAUGGAGUUCACCCUCAGCAUGCUCAGGUCCAUCAGGCCGCCCUCUUCGCUCAACAACAGCAAAUGCAGGCGCACCUGCAACACCAAGCCCUUACCCUUGCCCAGCAGCAACAUGCACUGCGAAUGCGGCAACAGCAGAUGACACAGGCUCAGCAGGCUCAGCAUGUGCCGGGUCAAAACGGUCCUCCUCAGGCGGAUGCUGCUGCCGAAGGAGGACACAACCAUCGUGCAACCAGUCUAACAUCACAUCCCCAGCCACCGCGCAGCAUCUCACAGCCGCCUUCCCACCCCGUGAAUCAAGGCAUGCACAUUGAGGGUUAUGGACCCAAUGGCGAACGUGUGGUCAUUCACCAGCAAAGCUUUGCUUUUAAUCCCACGCAACUUGGCAAUCAUGCUUUACCUAAUCUUCAUCAUGCGCCCAUGGGCCUUCCAUCACUUCCUGGCAUGCCACCACAAACUCAAGCUCGUGGGAAUGGUCCAUCUGCACUGGACCAGGCUCGCAAUCACAUCGUGGAGAUGCGUCGCAUGCUAGACGAGAUCAGAGGGCAAGCGGAUACAGACGAGGGUCGAAACCGCAUUGAACAGCUGGAUCGGCGGACUCAGUCACUGAACGAUUACAUCGAUCCACUACACCUUGGCAGCUCGGCGCGAAAUCGGGCAGCUCAACCUAAUCCCGCCCUGGGGACAUUGCCCAACGCUACCGGAGCCCAGAUAGCUCGCUCAACUUCGCAACCGCCGCUCGGCCAUCAACAGACAUGGCAACAGCGCGCACAAGGCAUACUUCAGUCACAGCAACAUGUUUCACCAUCUUCGCAGCCUACUGAUGUGACGGCUUACCUGCUGUCGUCGCCCACCGGCCCUCAAGCAAUUCUGUUCUCUCCUCAGCACGGCACUUUUGCAGGUGCUCGCCUGCGGCUAGGGAGAUCUCUGCAGGUUGGUCUGCAGCCAUCACCUACGACGCAGUCAUCAGAUACACCAACCGCCGCCAAUAUGCAAGCACAACAAAAUCAGCCUGCUGCUCAAGGACAACCUGCUGCUGCUCAGCCUGCGCAAGGAGCUCAAGCACAAAUGGCCCCAGCGCAACCGGAUCCAUUAGGCCCUAUGGCGCCGUUCAUCAACCACAUGUGGCUACUUCUGCGCAUUCUCAUUUUCGCCUACUUCCUCCUCGGCGCUAAUCUAGGCUGGAGGAGGCCAUUGGCACUCAUCGCGAUAGGUCUUGGGUUUUGGUUCAUGAGGCAAGGUUUGCUGGGCGAUGGCGCUGCAGUCAGAAGAUGGUGGGAUGGUGUUGUGAACGACGGUCGGCCAAGACCGGCACAGCCGCAACAGAACAUUCAAGGCCAGCCGCCGGCUCAACCUCAACAGCCGGGCCAGCCCGCCGCCGCGGAUGGCCGAGCUGGACAGAUGCCGACACCUGAACAACUUGCUCAACGUCUAUUAGAUGAAGAUCGAAGGCAACGCAAUGAGCGACUCCAGUGGCUGCGAGAUUAUCUUCGUCCGGUAGAGAGGACCAUUGCUCUGCUAGUUGCAAGUCUGUUUCCAGGAAUUGGUGAGGCAUAUGUGCGCGGUCGCGAGGAGGAGGAGCGAAGAAGGAAUGAAGAAGAAAUGGCUGCUCGGAGGCGCGAGGAUGAGGAGCGACAGCGGAGGGAAGAAGAAGAGAAGAAGAACGCGGACGGAAAUAGUGCGGGUAGCGCAGACAAAGAAGUGCCACCAACAGAUGAAGCUGUCGCACCCGCUGCUGCGGACGCACAAGACGCACAGGAAGGCACCGAUGCGGCCGAGACCGCGAUCAGGCAGUCGUUCGUUAACCAAUAGGAGUAGCAGAGAUAUACAGGUCUGAACUUGGGUGGCAUAUGUAGCAAGACAAUCUUUCUGCUGUCUC